AUGACGGACAACAUCCCCCUCCAGCUCUGUCACUUUGACUCUGUGACGCUGGCCUUCUACAUAGUUUCUGUGUUCUUUUGCUUAUCGAGCUCAGACUCAGACGGAGCGUUCGAGACGCCAGAGUCGACCACCCCGGUCAAGUCCCCCACGGAGACAGACCCUCAUACCCAGCUGCUGACCUCGGAAGACACCGGUCUUGGCUGUGACUCUGAGGCAGACGGUGAACCCGGGUCAGAGGCUAAAGGUCACCAUGGUAGCUCCCUGUCCAUAGUCUUUGACGAGGACAAGCCCAUAGCUGCUAGCGGAGCCUAUAACUUAGACCAGCUCAUUGCUGCUGCUGCUGCUGCUGCAGAGGCCCAGAGCCGAUCAACUCUAACCCGCUCUCUGAGCCUCCAGGCUGGGGAGCUAGACGGCUCCGACCCUCUAGACGGCGGAGGAUCCUCCAUCUCAAUCGGAGACUCCCGUCCCUUAGCUGAGGCCUUUAGUGUUGACAGUGGUACUGAGAGUGCUCCAGGGACUCUCCGCAGACCCUCCAAGAAGGGGCCUCUCCGCCCAGGCGGCUCCCUGAAAAAGAAGCCUCUCGCCACGCAGAGCUCUAACCUAGAGAGCCCCCAACCUCCGUCCUCCGGAACCACACCGGAGCUGGAGAACAGUGCCGAGCCCACCAGAGCAGCCAGCCCCCUAUUGGGCUCUGAGGAUUCGGAAGUAGGAGGAGCCACAGUAGACUCCGCCCCUGGUCCUACCUCGGCCACGCCCAGUACAGGAGGCACGCUCUGCAGAACCAGGAAGCCAUGUGUGGAAAGCUCCGCCUCGCUCAUUGAAGAGACCAAUCACAUUAGCCCAGAGACAAAUAAUCAACUAAUCCUGGCCCCUACUUCUAUUCUGACCCCGACCCCAGCUAUCUCUAUACCCAACCGACAGGAGGACACCCCCAUCUCCGUGCCGGAGGCCCCCCCAGGCAGCGAAGGCUCUCCCCUCAGUGGGACCUACAAAUGGGACCCAGACAACUUUGAAGACAUCGACCCGUUCAACAACGGAGGGAGUAAAGUCGCUAACUCCCCGCCGUUGGGUAGGAAGGGAGGCGUGCUGUCCGUUGCCCCUGUCUCUAACCCCCCAGAGCGCCCUAACGCCGAGCCAGCCCUUCCCUCAACCAGCCCCCCGAUUCGGACCUCAGGGGCGGUCAGGCUGGAGUUUGACUAUUCUGAGGAGACCCUCGAGGAGCCUCCCAAGGCCUCUCCACCACCCAAGAAGAUGGGCAAAAAAACAGGCUCCAAGAUGCCUCUAAGGAAGCCCAGGAUGGGUCUGAAGAAGACCGUCCAGCCCCCAUCUGAACCCCUAGCCAACACCCCAGUCCCCGAUGACAUUCCCGUCUCUAAGGCCUCCUAUGACUUUGACCCGGCCCAGUGGGACGACCCAAACUUCAACCCGUUCGGCUCUAACAGCGGGAUCCCCGUCUCUCCCGAGCUGAACAAACCCUCCUAUAGCUUUGACUCUGACACCUUCAAUGAGUCAGCUGUUAACUCCUUCAAGGGUUCGUCCAAUAGGACGGCUGCGUUUCCACCCAAGGCUGCCUCUGGCUCCGCCUCUUUCGAGGUGUCGGCCAAUGACGACGAGGUUGAUAACGAUGAAGUUAGGGAGCUGGAGGACCACAACCAGAACAAACCGGCCAAGCCCAAGAAGAAACCGAUCAAAUCUAAUACUUUCAGAGUCAAGAGGUCCCCAAAGAGAUCGCCCACGUCUGAGCUAUCAUCACAGGAGUCCACCCCAGUAGAUGAAGCCCAGCCUCAUAGCCCCCCGCUACAGGACGACCACGCUACAGACGAAGAGAAGCUGGCCUCUUCCUCCAAUCAAAAAGAGAAGCUGGUCUCCUCAACCAACCACAAGUGGGCAUACAUGGAGGCAGAGAGGACCUCUGAACCCCAUGAGGACUUCCCCCAACCCUCUGACCUCACAGCCUUUGUCAACGAGAACAGUCGAGUGUCAGACCAUGAGAUUGAGUACAUGGAGAAGAUUGUCUCUUCUUCGCCGCCUCUGUCUGUGAAGAAACCUUCUGCUCUCUACUUGAAGCUGGACUCUGUGACAGACAGCCUGACCAAGCCUAACCACGGAUCAGAACCCAACUCUCCCUGCACAGGGAGUUUUGAGGAGAUAGAGGCCCAGAUCACAGCCCAGAUGAAGACCCCUGUGCUGGGCUCUCGGCCCGGUCCGGAGGGGUCUCGGCCCGGUCCGGAGGGGUCCGCUGGAGAGAAGGAGAAGACCAGGAAGAGAGAGAGCCAGUCACUCAGACGGACACAGAGCACAGACAGGGAUCAUGGAGUGCUACCCACCCAGGGCCCUAUGGAGGUCCCAGCCCCAGACGCACCCCUCUUAACCAGGCUGUCUGAGUGUCCUGACCCCCUGGUGUACCUGGAGGCUGUGGAGCCUGACCUAGCAGAGACCAACCCCACUGCCUUCGCCCUCAAACUACAGGAGGAACUGGUUCUAGCUGCUCUGAGGAUAGAGGCUCUGCAGGUAGCCAAACACCUCUCAGACAGCCCCUCCCUCUCCACUGUCACCCCCCAGCAGAGAGACAGAGAAGUGAUGUCAUCAACAGUGGACCGGGACAGCAUGGUGACUAAGAGUUCCCUUUACACCCGGACGGCGGGCUACGGAGACGGGGAGAGGGAGAGCCCCUACCAACCCAAAGACCUAGAUUACUCUCUGGGCAUCGCACGAGAAGAGAUCGUGUCCAAGGAGAAGGAGGUACUGGAGUGGCAGAGGAAGUACGAGGACAGUCGACAGGAAGUGCUGGAGAUGAGGAGAAUCGUGUCAGAGUAUGAGAAGACCAUUGCACAGAUGAUUGACGAUGAGCAGAGGGAUAAGUCUCUGUCUCACCACACCAUCCAGCAGGUGAUCAUAGAGAAGGACCAGGCUCUUUCAGACCUCAACUCAGUAGAGAAAAGUCUGGCCGAACUGUUCAGACGAUACGAGAAGCUGAAGGACGUCCUCGAGGGCUACCGCAAGAAUGAGGAGGUGUUGAAGAGGUGUGCUCAGGAGUACCUGUCCCGGGUGAGGAAAGAGGAACAACGAUACCAUGCCCUGAAGAUCCAUGCAGAGGAGAAACUAGACAGGGCGAACUCUGACAUCGCCCAGGUGAGGAUGAGGGCUCGUCAGGAAACAGCAGCGUACCAGGCCUCUCUCAGGAAGGAGACCAUGAAGGUGGACUCACUGGAGAGAACCCUGGAACAGAAGAACAAAGAGAUCGAAGAGCUAACCAAGAUCUGUGACGAGCUGAUCGCCAAGAUGGGGAAGAGCUAGCAACGCUGAACACGUCCUGCCCAUGUCUCCAGGGCCUCAGGGGGACGGAGUGGUAGAGGAAGACAGAAGAAGGACAGAGAGAGGAAGUUUCCUCUUCUACUCCAAUCCCUGGACAGAUGGAUUUGACGGACAGCUGAGGAUGUUCUACACUACUGACAGACUAUGUCCAUGUAUCUACUGGCAACAUCGCCCCCAAGAGUAUUGGAGGGUAACUCCUGGUCAAUGGCUUCCUCACCAUGUACAGUUUGAUGUGCCAAUGUGUACCACGUAUCCUGUAUCAAUGGUUUGGUGAAAGGGACUUGGAAAUGGUUAUCAUGAAUGAGAGAGAGAGUGUGUGU